CAAUCCUCUCUGCCCGCACACCACCACCAAAUUAAGUCUCCACAAUGGCUACCACUCCCCUGUCUUUCUUUCUCCUUUCACUCCUCUCCCUCUCCCUCAAUGCUCAAGCUCAAACCCCGACAGCACCCGCCCCGACGCCCUCCGGCCCGGUUAACUUCACCGCAGUUCUUGUAAAGGGUGGACAGUUCGCCACACUCAUUCGCCUUCUGAACAACACUCAAACUUUGAACCAAAUUGAGAAUCAGCUUAACAGCUCUUCUGAGGGCAUGACUAUCUUCGCCCCAACCGAUAAUGCGUUCAACAAUCUGAAAGCUGGUGCUUUAAAUGGCCUCAACCAACAAGAACAAGUUCAGCUUCUUCAAUACCACACGUUGCCUAAAUUCUAUACCAUGAGCAAUCUUUUGCUGGUUAGUAACCCUGUUCCCACUCAGGCCUCAGGCCAAGAUGGUGUCUGGGGUCUUAACUUCACUGGCCAAAGCAACCAAGUCAAUGUAUCAACAGGGCUUGUUGAGGUUCAAAUUAACAACGCUUUAAGGCAAGAUUCUCCUUUGGCAGUUUACCCAGUCGACAAAGUCUUGUUGCCCGAGGCAUUGUUUGGUGUUAAGCCACCGACUGCAUCACCUCCGGCACCAUCAAGCAAGUCCAAUUCAACAGUGGCGGCUGCAGAACCAUCAACAGGUAAGAACUCAGCUGGUGGAAGGAAUGUAGCAUUGGGGUUGGUUGUUGGGCUCGGUUUGGUUUGCAUGGGAAUUCUUUCUUGAGCAAGUGUUAAUUUGAAGGUGUUUCCACAUUUUUUUCCCACUUUUUCUUUGUGAUUUUCACUUUAAAAGAAGGAGCUAAUUGGAGUCUUCCUUAAACAUUCUUGUUAAUGUUUUGUAUUUCUCCAUUGAUUUACUUCUUUGGUUUUCAA